AGUUUGAAACGGGAAAAGCGUUACGAACUGCGCGAAGAAAAAGUUCUAUUACUCAAGUGAUUGUUGGCAUAACAUCGAUAUUUUCGAAGAAAAAGCUUUAUAAGAUGUACAACUUUCCAUCAAACUUCCUAAAGCCAUAUGGGAAAGCCAGUACAGCACCGGAUGAAGACACAAUACAGCGCCGAAUAAACCCGGUGUCUUGUGAAUGGUUGCUCCGUCCACGCGUAGCAAUGAGUUAAUUUUCUGACACUCUCGUCGAGAACUUGAGAAUGCUAAAAACUGAAAACUCCUCAUUGAUCAAAAAGUCGAAGUUCGCUGCCAUAUUUGACUCGAUGCAACCCUUCCUCAACGCAAUGAAAGCUUUGAACACCAAGUCAGAAGAAACGCCAACAGAAGCGGAUGUCAACACAGUAAUGUCGUCAUUAUAUGAUGACGACAAUGCCCUCGACCAGGUGGUUGAUCAGAUUUUUCAUCUUGGUGGUGCAAUGUACACUACAGCAAUACAAUACAUUGUAGCCCAAUCGAUCAUAUCUCUACCAGCCAAAUAUGCUGACAAGCUGGUUACUGAUGACCAAAGCUCCAAGGGAUUCAAGAAAGGGAAAAAUGUGAAGGCAUUGCAACGCUUCUUACACGAGCAGUGUCUUGAAGGGGGAGAUAACAGCGGGCUGCAAACCACCAGUGGCCCACCCAGGAGGUCUCUUCUUCAAGAACUACAAGGGCAACAACACAGCAACACAACACACCAGCCAGAGGACAGUACAGAAGAAUGCGAGCGACAAGCCGACCAACUGCAGCAAAAUGAGGACGACGGAUCAGGGUCAAAAAAGCGCAAAAAGAGCAAGAAGCUGAAGAAACAAAACAAGAAACAGAAAGUAAACGAGGAUUUAGGGUGCAUCCCAACACCGGUCAAAUAA